UACCACACGUUAUAACGUCAAAAUGGCUAAGAAAAAAGGCGACGAAAAACUAAAUCAAACCCCUCAAAGUGAUAAUGAGGACCAAAAUUUUGACGAGGAACCUGACUUCGAGGAUCCGGAAGGUUUCGUCGACGAUAUCCCCGACGAAGAAUUAUUGGAGGACCUUUUGGACCAAAAGCCGAAAGAGUCCGAUGGUUACGAGAACGUGAUCGUGGUAGACGGGUGCCCGCAGGUCGGGCCCGAGCGUCUGGAGAAGCUCCAGAGUGUAAUUAAUAAGAUCUUUAGCAAAUUUGGCAAGAUUGUGAAUGAGUAUUACCCCACCACAGAGAAUGGUGUCACGACUGGGUACAUUUUUCUGGAGUACAAUAACCCCCAGAAUGCCGCCGAGGCCGUGAAAGCCACUAAUAAUUGUAAAUUAGAUAAGCAGCAUACGUUUUUAGUGAAUCUAUUCACUGAUUUCAAAAAAUAUUCAGAAAUCCCAAAAGAAUGGGAACCUCCAGCACCUCAGCCAUUCAAGGUCCAAUCUGACUUGCAAUGGUAUUUAAUGGACCCAGAUGCGUAUGACCAGUUUCUGGUCGGAAUUGGCACAGGAGUCGCCCUACAGGUUUGGCAGAAUGCUCUGCCUGAACCUGUGUUGUUGCAGGAGAGGCCGAACUGGACAGAAACCUAUGCAGUUUGGUCUCCCCUAGGUACCUACCUGGCAACAUUCCAUUGGCGAGGAGUGGCAUUAUGGGCAGGCCCAAAGUUCUCUCAAUUUCAGAAAUUUUUCCAUCCAGAAGCACGGUUUAUCUCAUUCUCGCCAUGUGAAAACUACAUUGUUACAUUUUCACCGAGCAGUGAUAGAGGAGACGACAAGAAGUUAAUCAUUUGGGAUAUUAGGACGGGGCAAGAGAAGCGUAGUUUCCCCCCACCCGAAGAAUACGUGACAUGGCCGAUUUUUCGCUGGAGCAAAGACGACAAAUAUUUCGCAAGACUCGGCACUGACGUGCUUUCCGUGUACGAGACGCCCGGCUUCGGCCUGCUCGACAAGAAGUCUAUUAAGAUCCCUGGAAUCAGGGACUUUAGCUGGUCUCCAACAGACAAUAUUCUCGCAUACUGGGUGGCCGAAGACAAGGACGUUCCCGCAAGAGUCACGCUUCUAGAGAUUCCAAAUCGCACCGAAAACCGCUCAAAGAACUUAUUCUCAGUCGCAGACUGCAAGAUCCAUUGGCAAAAGUCUGGAGACUACCUCUGUGUCAAAGUCGACCGCUACUCAAAAGUCAAGAAAGACAAAAAUGAAAUUAAGUACUCCGGGAUGUAUUAUAACUUUGAAAUAUUCCAUAUGAGAGAAAAGGAAAUUCCAGUGGACUCUGUUGAGAUUAAGGAGCAAAUUCAAGCAUUUGCAUGGGAGCCUGUAGGAUCGAAAUUCGCUAUCAUUCACGGUGACCCAGCGAAUAUUUGUAUAAGUUUCUAUCAAGUAAAUACAGGGCAAGCGCCCACACUGUUGAAGAAGUUCGAGAGAAAACCAUUUAAUCAUCUUUUUUGGUGUCCUUCUGGACAGUUCAUUGUGCUAGCCCAUCUUGGCCUUACUGGCGGAGCUUUGGAGUUCUUAGACACCAAUGACUUUACCAUUAUGAAUGUAUCUGAUCAUUACCAGAUGUCUGGCAUUGAAUGGGAUCCGACUGGGCGCUAUGUGGUGACCGGUGUAUCCUCUCUCAAAUGCAAAAUGGACUGCGGUUACUACAUUUGGUCCUUCCAGGGCAAGAUUUUGAGGAGGGUGAUGAAAGAAGGGUUCGCGCAGUUCCACUGGCGGCCGCGGCCUCCAACGCUGCUGUCCGAAAAGCAGCAGAAGGAUAUUAAGAAGAACCUCAAGAAGUACUACUCGCAGUUCGAGUCCAAGGAUCGCAUGCGCAGCAGCAAAGCCAGCAAGGAAUUGGUGGCGAAGCGCACGGAGCAGAUGAAGAAGUACGUGGAAUACCGCGAGGCCAAGACGCAGGAGUGGAACGAGCAGAAGCCUCGCAGGCUCGAGCUUAGGAAUUAUGUUGAUACAGAUGGUCUAGACACCGACUCAACCAAUACCGUUGAAGAAGUUGUUGAAUUUUUCGUGAAAGAGGAACAAACCGUCAUCGAGUAGUCGCCAUAUUUCCUUCGCGUUUGAGGUCGGGACCUGUUCCGGCCUCCUUGAAAAAGCGGUUUCAUAAAACCGAUUAAAUCCGGGUUAUAAAACCGGUCAACACAACCUCACGAACAACUCUUUUUAAUAAAACACAAAAGUUUCUAAAAUCUUUUUUGUAUCGUCAUCCCAUUAUUAAUAUUUGGUCACAACGCUCCAUUAAAAAAUAUCACAAUGUUUUGCUGUUUUAGAUUUUGG